CGAGGAUGGGAAUGGGGGCGGCGCUGGCCGUCGCUCCCGGCGCGUCCCCGGGCGUGCCCACUUCACCUGGCAAAGGCUGGUGAUUGGGCGCGAGGGACGCGUGACUCCCGCCGGGACCGGCGUUCCUGCCCGGUGCAGUGGAACCGCGGGAAGGAGGCAGUACUCGAGCUCCCCGCCCAGGAAAGAUGGAAACGCUGAAAGACAAGACCCUGGAGGAGCUGGAGGAAAUGCAGAACGACCCAGAGGCCAUCGACCGACUGGCCCAGGACUCCCCGGAGGUCCAGGAUCUGCAGCUGGAGCGGGAGAUGGCGCUGGCCACCAACCGCAGCCUGGCUGAACGGAACCUGGAGUUUCAGGGUCCACUGGAGAUCAGCCGCUCAAACCUCUCAGACAAGUACCAGGAGCUCCGGAAGCUGGUGGAACGGUGCCAGGAGCAGAAGGCGAAGCUGGAGAAGUUCUCCUCAGCACUGCAGCUAGGGACCUUGUUGGACCUUCUGCAGAUCGAAAGCAUGAAGAUUGAAGAAGAGUCCGAGGCCAUGGCUGAGAAGUUCCUGGAGGGCGAGGUGCCCCUGGACACGUUCCUGGAGAAUUUCUCCUCCAUGAGAACACUGUCCCAUCUGCGCCGGGUUCGCGUGGAGAAGCUCCAGGAUGUGAUGAGAAAGCCCAGGGCCUCCCUGGAGCCGGCCGGGGACGCCCCUCCUCCGCGCCCUCCCCCGCCACUGCGCCCCAGCCCCCAGACAACGCCCCCGCCAGCCGAAGACGCUCAGCCCCAGCCGCCGCAGCCCUCAGUGGUCCCUCCCUACCCUUUGCCCUACAGCCCCUCUCCAGGCAUGCCCGUGGGCCCCACCGCCCAUGGAGCGCUCCCGCCAGCUCCGUUCCCCGUGGUGUCCCAGCCCUCCUUUUCCUACAGUGGGCCUUUGGGGCCCCCGUACCCCGCAGCCCAGCCAGGAGCCAGGGCCCCUUCAAGCUACUCCUGGUCCCCGCAGAGGAGCAUGCCACCCCGGCCGGGCUAUCCUGUGGCCCCCACUGGUGCCUCUGGGCCCGGGUACCCCAUGGUGGGGGCCCGGGCCCCCAGUCCUGGUUAUCCUCAGCAGCCCCCCUACCUCUCAACAGGAGGAAAACCUCCAUACCCCACACAGCCCCAGCCCUCAGGCCCCCUCCAGCCCCCCUACCCCCCCGGGCCUGCUCCUCCCUAUGGGUUCCCCCCGCCUCAGGGUCCCACCUGGCCUGGCUAUUAGGCACAGUCCUGGCCCUCGGCCCUUCCCUACUCCCACCUGUACCACAGCCUUCAGCCCACCCCUUGCUGAGAUUCGAGGCUAAAUUGGAAGUGGAGUUGGCUCCACGUGGACUCGUGUCGUGCCCGGGAGCCUGAGGGGACCCAACUGGGAGCGUACCAGCUGACCAGGCACUGUGACUGGCUUGGCCGCACCAGGCGGUCCCAGGGCCUGCGGGCCUCCCAGGGGAAAGGAGGACCUGGCUUCUGUGGCUGGCUGUAGCUCUCCUGGUGCUCGCCAGGCAGGAAGUUCAGUCCUCCCCGUGUGCCCGCACCUGUGGACAUCUCCUCGUGACUGCACAGACUCACGGAUGCCUGAACCCAGUGCGGAGUUAUCUCAGCAAGGGGCUGGCCGGCCCCUGCUCACCCCCUCCUCUUCUCUGGGAUUUAGCAAGUGCAACCACGGUGCCCACUCUAAGAGAGGCAGCUCUCUGUGUCUCUUGGUGCGUUCAAGGAUGGCCCACCGCACGUUCCAUGGCAGAGUUGGAUCAGGGGGAGAGAACAGAGUUGGGCAAAACAAUGAGUGAUUUUCACAUCACAUAAAGCCAUAACAGGACUCUGACAGACGGAUGUCAGGUCAGCUUGUACUGUGUGCUGCCGUUUGAACAGCAGCAGCAGUGCCCGUGCAGGGAGCAGGCCGAGGAUUGUGGAGGCGGAUCCCAGACCUUGCUGGCCCUGGUUGGAGAAUCUAGGGGCUGCCUUGGACCCUCUGGCUGCAGGAGAGGGGGCAGUUCUGGUCCAAGAGACUGUGAUCACAUCAGGGGCUCAUUUAGGAGCAGAAGGCCAGGUUGCCUCCCUGGCCACCUCUCUUGUCUGGGAUCUCCCUGCUUCUGGUUGACUUCUGUGGCUCAGCCCCCUCCUGUCCACUCCCUUAGUGCCUUGAAUCUCAUCCACGGCAGCCCCCUCCCUUCCUUUGACUCUCUCCUGUAACUCUUCACGACCCCCUAAAGCCCUCCUAAGACAGACAUCAAAAGAUGCCCUAACAGUUACUUCCCCUGUGGUGCUUUGUAAAACACCAUCACUAUGUCAGAGUCAUUUCUUUGCAUCUCUCUUAUCUUCAGAAUGUAAAGGGCAGGGACUAUGACUCUGAGCCACACAGAGGCCCCACCACGCUGGGGCUUUCAGUACCCAGUUCGGUAAUAAAAAAUGACAAUAGACCAAAGGGAGUUGUGAUGAAUGAAACAUUACCUUGGUUGUUACCAGAUGUGAACCAGGUCUCCCGGGCAGACUCUGGAGCUGCUAUCUGUUAGGAAGUCAUAUGUGCCUUGAAUUGUCCAUUACCCGAGUACCCAGCACCUGGUGGGCCUGGGGUGCUGGGGGCCAAAGAGGAAACUUGACCUUCUGGUGCCUGCCCCUCCCGCCCCACCCCGCCCCGCCCGGCCUGCGUGCCAUCAGAGGGUACGUGCGAUGAGAUGCUCAGUCAGCCCUGUCGGUCCCUGACCAGUUGUGCUUGCUUCUCAUAAGUUAUUUAUACAGAGAAAUCACUAAUGGACUCUACUGGUUCUAGUACUUCUGUACUGGAUGAGCGAUCGCUGGUAUGUUUGUAUAAUUAAUUGCCAUAAUAAACUUUGAUGAGUUACGAGUA